AUGAAUUUUAAUAGAGAACCUGGCCGUCAACUAAUACCAUCCUCUAUUCCAAUGCCUUAUCCUGAAAUGAAUCCUAUGUCAAUCAUGCAAUCAUCAGAUUCAUCGUAUAAUUCAAAAUUUCCUUCAUAUCCACAUCAUCGUCCGAUACGUUUACCUGAUCGAUGUCGUUCUCGUCCUGUUAUUCAUAUAAUUGAAUCAGAUUCAUGUUCAUCAAUAUCAACUUGUUCAGAAAUAAAUUCAUAUCGUCACCGAUCAUAUUCUUAUCCAAGACAACGUCGAAUUAUCCAACAACAACAACCAAUUAUUCUCUUACCUAUUAAAUGCCAACCAUCACAACAAAAUAUUUUACCUACAAUACAAGUUCAACAACAACAACAACAAGGUCACGUUUUACCAUCUAUUUCAACAUCUUUUGAAAAACUACAACAAACUCAAACUAGACCAAUACAAUAUGUUCAAGAAGCACCACAAUUACAAUUUAUAUCAGUAGAACCACAUUCAACAACAAUUCCACAACAUGUUCUUGUUAAUAGUACGAAUAAGAAACAAUUAAAUGUUAUAAAAUCAAUUCAACGAUCUAUGACAACAAAUAACUUACCACAAAAUGAUCUGAAAUUUGAAUAUUGUCUCUUUGAUUGA